AUGGAAGUUCUUGGAUGGUUAGUAGAAAUGAGUCAAACUCUUCCUUGUAGUAGACAAGCGGACGGACUUCUAGAGGAUAUGAAAAAAUACGACUUUGUAUUUUACAUACACUUGAUGGAGCAUAUUCUAAACAUCACACAUACGUUGUCCCAAUGUCUUCAAAGAAAGGAGCAAGAUUUGAUGAAUGCAGUUAAAUUGGUUUCUUCCACCAAAAACCAACUUGAAAAGUUUAGGUUGGAAGGUUUUAAUGAGUUCUUGGAGAAGGUUAACUCCUUUUGUGACAUGUAUGAACUUGAGGUGAAAAAAUUGGAUGAUGAAUACGUUAACCCAAGGUGGCCAAGAAGAAAGAUGAACAUCACAAAUCGGCAUUAUUACGAGUAUGAUUGCUUCAAUGCGGUUCUUGAUUUGCAAAUACAAGAAUUUGGGAACCGUUUUAAUGAGGUAACAUCGGAACUACUUGUUUGUAUGAGUUGUUUGAGUCCUUGUGAUAAUUUUAGUGCAUUUGACAUUCCAAAUAUACUAAAGCUAGCCGAGAAGUAUCCAUAUGAUUUCAAUGAAGAGGAAAAACGAAGGCUUUCGAUUCACCUCGGAAACUACUUUAAUUUUGUGAAAAAAGAUAAACAAUUCGCCAACUUGGAUGGUUUGUCAAGUCUUGUAAGGUUAAUGGUUUCAACAAAUAUUCACGUUACUUUUACAUUGGUAUAUCGGUUAUUGAAGCUUGUUCUCGUAUUACCCGUUGCAACCACAACCGUUGAAAGAUGUUUUUCGGCAAUGAAGAAUGUGAAGACCGACUUGCGUAAUCGGAUUGGGGAUGAGAAUUUAAGUGAUAGUUGUACAAUGGCUUCAAUGUUAGAUGAUUUGCAACUCGUGAGCGGUUUGUAG